GCACAAUCUGUUGACGAAGGUCGUGCGGUUAUUCAAACAUUCGCCUUAAUAUGGUUGUGAAACGUGCGGUUUGUUUUCUGAGGGGAUUAUUAUAUGAAUCUUAUGGGUUCUGGUUUUUAUCGCCUGUGCUUCUGCUUGUUGAAAUCAUAUGUGGCUACUUCAUUAUUAGUAAUGUUCCGUAUACUGAAAUAGACUGGGUCGCCUAUAUGCAACAGGUGGCCGGAUUUUUGAAUGGAACAUUAGACUAUGAUAAGUUGGAGGGCCAAACAGGACCUUGUGUGUACCCGGCUGGAUAUAUAUACGUAUACAGCUUCUUGCACUGGCUUACAAAUGGAGGGUCACUUAUUAAAACUGCCCAGUUUGUAUUCCUUGGAUUGUAUAUAGCAACGUUGUUACUGGUCUUCAACAUAUACAGACUUUCUUUUCAGGUUCCCCCUUAUGCUCUUUUUUUUAUGUGCCUCGUAUCAUACCGCGUACAUUCGAUAUACCUGCUAAGGCUUUUCAAUGAUCCAGUUGCUAUGUUCUUCAUGUUCGCCUCUGUCACUGCCUUGUUAUACAACCGGUUCACAAUCGGCAGCAUAUUAUUCAGCCUUGGUGUUUCGAUAAAAAUGAACGUGUUACUAUUCUUUCCUGGAUUUCUAACUGUGUUAGUUUGGCAUAAAGGGAUUUUAGAAACAAUCGGUCAUCUUUGUGAGUGCUUCACUGUACAAUUAGUAGUUGGUACACCAUUUCUGUUUCAUAAUGCUUGGGCAUAUGUUAGCCGCGCAUUCGAUUUCAGUCGUCAGUUUCUAUUUUUAUGGACAGUUAACUGGAAAUUUUUACCAGAAGACACAUUUUUGGAUAGGCGAUUUCAUUUAGUCCUGCUGAUCAUACAUUUAUGUCUGCUAUUUAUAUUCUUCUGGAAAUUUGUACGAUCUCGUGGUGGUCUAUUGAAUUACCUCUGUGUCUUCGAUCCUGAACGUAAUCCAAAGUUAGAUUCUACAGGUGCAUAACAUUGUAUGAUUGUGACCUUUCUUCCUUUUGAGUUGAAUCUUGCUGUCAUGAUCCUGGAGGAGAUUGGUUCCCACUGCAUGAGAGCCUUCGAUGCUCUUGAGGACAUCAUGAUAGCCACUCCCUCAGUGUGCUCGUGGUUGGCGUCUGGGUGACCGGAGUAGAUUAUUGAUUCUCCAGUUGACAGUUUGGAGAGUCCACUCCCAUUCCAUCUGCUUUCGCAAAUCCCAAGCACUUCGAUGUUAUACCUUCUCAUCUCCUUUGCAAUCUGGGCUGCCUUACUGGGUUCAAACAUCGUGCGGACAUUCCAUGUCCCCACGUUUACUUUCGCUUUCAUCGAGAGAAGACACAUCGGCCAAUUGGCUUCCCGAAGGCUUUCACCAACUGGCGUCAUUUCGCCUCUCCGAUUCCAGCGGGGAAUAAGUUUGUUUUCAUUUUUUAUAUUUUGUUUGUGCUUUGAAGUUUCUUUAGCGGUUAGAUUUGUUUUACGGGGUAGGGUUGCUAGCCCUAUGCCCAACCUUCCCUCUUUACCCGGGCUUAGGACCGGCUAGUAACUAGUAAACUAGUUAACCAGGCGAGGUUUAUAUGACUACAUGAAAUGUAUAUAUUUCGCUCUUAUUUAUUUAUGCAAAACACCUGCAAGUAAAUUCAAACAACCAUUUGGGAAUAAUCGAAUUGAUAACCGCUGUCCUGUUCUUUUUCUGAUUUCGUUAACAAUAUACAUUCAUCACUUUAUUCAACAUUGAAUCAUCAUCACCGGCUAGCUUUUCGAUCUUUAGAACACUGUUCAUGAGUUAAAUGGUUUAUAUUUCCAGUUUCAGUCAACUGACGAUGUAGCGCAACCUACUUUCUACUGUCUUGUACAUUAUAAAAAACUAAAUACUUUAGUCAACAAAUUCGUGUUUAAGUUGGUAUUUAUCGUGGACUGACAUCGGUUGAAGUACCACUGAAAAACUGGGAGUACCGGGCAACUUUUUCAGCCUGGUAUGGAACUUCUCAGCAGUGCCCACUCAUGACCCCGCCAGGCGUCGAACCCAGAACCUUCAGCUUUUGAGGCCAGCACAUUGCCAUUGAGCCACUGGUUAGGAAUCUAAUCGUCCACAGUUUCUGUCAAUUCACGAUAUAGUGUAACCUUUAUCCAAUGCUAUCGUUGAUUAUUUAUUCUCAAAAUUCAGUAAUCAAGCUCUCUCUGUCUCUCCACCUAACCAUAUCGAACCCAAGUACAGUCGCUUUAUCCCACCUUGUUGUGUGUUAAGGCAUGCAUUGCAAUAGCUGAGUUUUUUCUAGACUAUUCACCUUAGUUGGGUCUAUCAUGCUACACUUUUCUAACUUCUUAUACUGCGAUAAUCAAACUGACCUCGAUCGGCUAGUGUAACCUAUAUAUUUGACCGGUGAUUAAACAAUAUUUGGUAAACCAAACUAUUUUGUCUAGUUCGCUCAGGUUAACUCAUAAGAAUUGACUAGUCUGGGAUUUGAACUGUUUCUAAUUGGGCAUAAUAGCGACAGCGCAUAUGUUAGUGGUAUUCCUGAAGGCAAAUAUCGGCCUAUGAACUUUAAUAGUAUCAUAAAUACUGUUGGGAUUAUUGGUUUUAGGCAUCAAAUUAAACCAUUUGGACCCACUCAAAGGUGGCAUAAGUUAGCGUAUCAGAUCAUCUGUAGAUUUCUUAACCUUAUUCAUGACAGCAUUCAUAGGUUUCUUGAUCGCUUCAUACGGUCCUGUUUGGAUAUGUUCGUUAUUGUCAUUUCAUAGAUAAGUCAACAGUUCUAUACUUGUUCACAGCUGAAUAAAUACUCGUCAACAAAGAAUAUUGAUUCGUAUAACUCCUAUUUUAUUUUCCUAAUCGUCGAGUAUAUAUGAAGGUGAGUAGAAAAAACAUUUAUGAACUCAAGUAGAGCUAUGAUUCAGUUGUCUGACUAGUUUAUUGUUAGUCAUCAGGCGGUCAUUCGAUCAAUAAACGUAAAUUCACCCGACCUAUUUAAGAUUCAGUGACUGGUCCAUACUUUUUGUUUGAAAUACAUAAUGGAUUUAACUGACAACUUGGUGCAUACAUAAAUCUAUAUUUUCGACAAUAGAAAUUUCAGGAUUUACCUUUUUCGCUUUAAAAAUUUGGUUUUAUAUCAAGUUGUUCGCUCAGUUUUGUUCACAGUUAGAGGAGAUACUGACCACUUAUUAUAUUCACAUCAAUUUAAAAAUUAUCCAGCUGAAUGUGGUGCAAGUGUCUAUGCGCUAAACUUUGGAUCACACUUAUGAUGCUACCUAGUUGCUCAAACUCAAGUUGGUUGAGUUAGGUUUGAACCUAACACCCAUUGAUUGUAAGCCAGUGAGUCAUAUUUUUUCACCUAUUUGCACUGCCGACAUUUUAUGGAGAAUAAGAUUUGGGUUAUAUUUGACGGAUUUAUCUAUGUUGGCGUUACAGUGCCAAUUUUGUUCACUUCAGUUAAUAAUUGGUUUCAAGUUUUUUGUUCCUUUUAUCUGGUUUUGAUCUAUUUUUUAAAAUUUAGCUAUAAUAUAUCCAUUGUUUCUGUCAAAUUUCGUUGGUAUUGUUGUCAGUCGUUCGUUACAUUAUCAGUUCUACGUUUGGUAUUUUCAUACAAUCCCAUAUUUAUUGUGGUGUGUUAAACGCUUUUCUACUCCUGUUCGGUUGUUAAUUCUUGGCCUCAUUGAAAUCUGUUGGAACACUUAUCCAUCAACAAGUUGGAGUAGUGGUCUGCUACACGCAUGUCAUCUGUUACUACUAAUUGGAUUGAUUACGGAAUCUGUCCCGAUUAGAACUAUUUCACUUCAUAUGAAAAAGGACACCAAAAAUGUUGUCAAUACUCCUACGAAAAAUCACCUGAAUAGUACACGCAAAAAAGCUUCCAAAGCAUCACGACCCCCUGGUGGAAAACAAAAGCAGGCUUAAAAUGCUUCUUCUCAGGAGUUAGUUGUGAUUUUGUACUGACUUUAUGUCAAUUUUUGACCGAAUGUGUAAAUGUCUUGUAAAUCUGUUGUUCAGACUGAAUACAGUGUUUUGUAUCCAUA